CGCGCGCGCGCUGGUGCUGGCGCGUUUCCUGUGACGUUUGGUUCCCGCGACUCCAGCUGUGGCCGCGCCGGCUCCACGUGGGUCGCGGGCCUGGCGCGGGGUCCCGGCGGCGCCAUGGCGGGGGCCCCGCCCCAGAAACGCUUCUACCGGCAGCGGGCUCACUCCAACCCCCUGGCGGACCACACGCUGCGCUAUCCCACAAAACCUGAGGAAAUGAACUGGGCUGAGCACUAUCCUGAGUUCUUCGCCCCGUUGACCAAAGAUGACCGUCACGAUGACCCGAAGGACUCCGAGGAGAGAGUGAAGCCAGCGGCGCAAGUUGAAUUUGCUGAUAUUGGCUGCGGUUAUGGGGGCUUGUUGGUCGAGUUGUCUCCCCUCUUCCCCAACACCUUAAUGCUGGGCCUGGAGAUUCGAGUGAAGGUCUCGGAUUACGUCCGUGACCGGAUCCAGUCUCUGAGAGCAUCCCAUCCCGGGCAGUACCAGAACAUCGCCUGUGUCCGCAGCAAUGCCAUGAAACACCUGCCCAACUUCUUCCACAAGGGGCAGCUGGCCAAGAUGUUCUUCCUCUUCCCGGACCCGCACUUCAAGAAGACUAAGCACAAGUGGCGGAUCAUCAGCUCUACGCUGCUGGCCGAAUACGCCUACGUCCUGCGCAUCGGGGGCCUGGUGUAUACCAUCACUGAUGUGGAAGAGAUGCACGAGUGGAUGGUCGGGCACUUCAGUGGGCACCCGCUCUUUGUCCAGGUGCCCUUGGAGGACUUGGGCAGCGAUCCCAUCGUGGGGCGUCUGGGCACCUCCACCGAGGAGGGAAAGAAGGUCCAACGGAACAGUGGCAAGACCUUCCCUGCUGUCUUCCGGCGCAUCGAGGAUGAAGCCCUGCAGGGGGUUCCAGGCACAGAGCAGUUCCAGGGGGCUCCAGAUACGUGACUGUGGACCCGAGAGACAAAUCAUCAUGGACCGUGCCUGUGCAGUGUUCCAGGGAGACCUCUUCCCCCUCCCCUGGUGCUGUUGGGGCAGACGGGCUGAUUGCUUGGCCUGGAGCAUGAAGCUCACGGGAGCCCUUGAUGUCUUGAAUACGGAGAAGCUGGCUCCUCUCCUAACGAGAAACGCAUAAGGAGUGUCCCAAGCAUCCCCUUGGGCUCUGCCUGCUGGUGCCCAUGAGCUCCUGGCACCGUUGCUUUUACCUCUGAGACUCUGCCAGUCAGGGGCGGGCUGCAGCUUCACUCACACUCGAUUUCUGAAUAAAGCUUGAGCUCACAGUC